UGCUUAGUAAUUUAAAAAAAAAACUAAUCACAUUAAUGUGGUAACAAUAAUUAUGUUUCGAAUAGCUUAUUUUCUUCAUUAUAUUUAGUUAAUUAAAAAAUAUAUGUACGACAUUCAAGUCGCAAAACGAAAAUGAAUUUCUUUAAGUAGUCAGGGCAAUAAUUACAUGAUAAUAUGUUUUAUUUACAAUAAUACUUUGAGUUUGGCAUACCGUGGCGAUUACUGUCUACUAGUUAGUAGUUACUAACUUACAACCACCGUAGGCCGUAGCCGUAGGUAAAGUUGCGCAAUAUGGCGCUUUCGGCUCAGCUGCUUUCGUGAAAAACUAAACUUAGUGAUUGUGACACGCUCCAAUUGGCAAGAUUUAGAGGGAACAGUUAUUUUAUUCUUGAAGUAGACAAAGUAACGCAAUGGAACGCGCAACGAUUCUGAUCAGUUAGUUGUACUGGAGCAAGGUCUGGCCGUUGAGGGCUAUAUACAUUGAUUUUGUUCCGUUUACCAUUUAAAACACAGUUCGUCAAACUGGAGCGACUCCCGGAAUACUUGCGGGAUACCGUUGACUGGUUUAUGGGUGAAAGUGGAUAAGAUGACUGUAAACCAUAGUCCUAAACUUCUUGACAAGACAUGACAAAGAAAAUAAUGUAUGAAAAAUCUGUGUGAUAAGCUCAUUAUAUUUUAAGCACAUUAUUAAUAAUUCCUUUAAUAAAUAAGUAACUAACCUCAAGCUUAUGAUGUAAGUGCAUUGUUAUUGUGUGUUAUAUGAUGAAAUUUAAAUUAAACUGAUGUGAAAUAAGAGUUACACAUUCAAUAAUUAACACACCAUCAUUGGAAGUCAGGGAGUAAAUAAAUAUAUUUUAUUCCAGUGGAAUUCCAAUUUAUUUCCUUAGGAAGAUACAAUGGUAUUUAGUAAAUUCUAUAUUUUUAUAAUAAUGUAUGAAGUCAUAUGCAGUAGGGCCGUGUUAAGGAAAAUCUGUAAGGCAUGAUCUUAAGUAGUAGUGUGGUUUUUGUAGGUCAGGAGGUAAACAAAAAUUUUUUUAAAAUUUGUAUCACAUUUCUACACAAAUACAACCAAAUAAUUUAUUGCAGUAAUUUAGAAUGCUCUUAAAUGGUGGCUGGUUCAAUCUCUUGGGUGUGUGAACUACAAUGAUGUUAAUUUAGUUUGAGUAUGACUGCAUUUUAAAUGUACGGCUUGGGCAUAUUUGGCUAAAUAUAUUUGCCUAUUGUACAUACAUGUAGCCAAUAUAAAUAUAUUUUUUAAUUACACAGCAAUUUUAUUUGCUUAAUAGGAGAACCUAUUAAGCAUACUGUAGCGUGUGCUACCCAUUCAACAAAACAACCGAUAGUAAACUCAAACUAUCUUUAUUCAAGUGGGUAACCAAGUACACUUUUGAAUUGUCAAGUUCAAUUAAUUGUAAAUUUACAUUUACUACCAGUUCGCAAGUCAAGGGCGUAGAGCGGGUAAGAGUAGAUAUGUUCACAUAAUAUGCUGUCUUAAUUUAUUUUAAUGUAUUAAUGUUAGUUAAUUAUUCUUUAAUUAAAAAUUGCAAGUUGUAGGUUUGUCAAAAGAUUAAUUUGUUUAAAUUUAUUAGAUUGGGAAUUCAAGGAAUACUUCAAGUGUGCUGUGUUUUGAGUUGGUUUUAAGAAAAGGACUUGACUUUGUUAUUGAGUAGGGUUUACAAAAAAGCUGCAUUCUCAUAAAACUUUUUUGUUACAUUCAUGGUGUUCUGGAAGGUCUUUAUUACAUAAUUGAUCUUAAGGGACAGUGUAGACAGGUAGACAGCAUUUAAAAUUAAGUAUAUUUUUAUAAUUAGUAUAUUAUAUUAAUUUAACUAAGUUUAUUUGUCAAUUGUACAUUUCCACUUUGAACAUUUUGAAUGAGUGCAAUAGCUGCCACUACUACUACUGUACUAUGAAACAUGUUAUAUGUAAGGUACGCUGUGAGCAAAGAUUCUCAUUUUGCAUUUUUCAUCUGGAUAAGAUAAGCUAGGGAAAUCUCAGGCGCGCCAACAAAAUUUCGAGGCGAAUUGAUGGCACAGUGGCAGUAUUUGUUUGUAUUGUUCGAUACUGGGUCUUUAUGGGCGGCGGUGAGAUAAGCGCGAGGUAAGCGGCCGCAAGUGGCGCUGGGCCAGUCGGCAGCCGCUCGCGAUAUGAGUUGGCCGGAGGGCGUGCGGCGCGGUGUCCGCCUGCGCUACCGCAGAGUCUCGGCGCUCGACGUCGACGACACGGUAUCGUGUUUUUGCAGGAAGGGGAGGCGUAAAGAGCGCGAGGGCGAAGGCGACCCGAAGCUGUACCUGCAGGAGGCGCUGCUCGAGCGUCAGCUGCCCGAGCUGGACCUGAGGCAGCUCGUGGAGCUGCCCCGCGGCCUCGACCUCAACGAGUGGCUGGCCUCGCACACGCUGCCGCUGUUCGAGCACGUCAACCUGCUGUACGGCACCGUGUCGGAGUUCUGCACGGCGGCCGGCUGCGGCGACAUGGCCGGGCCGGGCGGCCGCGUCUACGCCUGGUACGACGAGCGCGGCAAGAAGACGCGGCUGGCGGCGCCGCAGUACGUCGACUGCGUGAUGACGUUCGUGCAGCGGACCAUCCACGACGAAGCCGUGUUCCCCACCAAGUACGCCAACGAGUUCCCGCCCGGCUUCGACGCGGUUCUGCGGCGCGUGCUGCGCCUGCUGUACCACGUGCUGGCGCACCUCUACGCCGCGCACUUCCGCCACCUGGCGCUGUUGCGCCUGCACAAGCACCUGCACCUGACCUUCGCGCACCUCACCGCGCUCGACCGCCGCUACGCGCUGCUCGACCACAAGGAGACCGAGGUGCUGCGCGACCUGGAAGUGGCCCUGCGCCUGACGGAGCCCGACGAGGCUUCGCCGAGGCGCCGUUCGCCGGUCGUCACGCAGCCCUUGGCCUCGGCGUGAUUAAUUGUUAACUAUUGUAAAUAUUUCGGUCUGUUAAGUAGUUCUAGGAGAUGAUUAGUUUAUAAAUUUGUGAUUGCUUUGGUUGUAAAUAAAAGUGAUAUUUGUUUAACUAAUAAACUGAAAGCUUUAUUGAUGUU